CACUCCGAUAUUGGACUUCCAUGUUCUUCGUUGUCUUCUUCUUCUUCAUUUAUUUAUCAUUUUGCCCAUUAUCUUCCUCACUCUCUGCCAUGGCUUCUCUCUCAUAAGUGGUCGAAUUUCUCCAUUUUUCAUUCAGAUAAUCCCAUUUCAAAGUAUUCAAAUACUCACAAUUCCAAUUCCCCACUGCAUUUCACUUCCAUUGUUGUUGUUAUUUUGCCCAAUGGCAGUUCACUCCUCUGCCAUUCUGCUUCUGCAGCUCUUUUUUUACUUCUCGGUCUCUUCCGCCGUUCCCCGGAGCAAUGUGAUUGCCGGAGGUGUGCGGAUAUGGCCGUUGCCGGUGUCGGUGACUCACGGUGGGCACCGUCGGCUGUAUGUUGCAAAGGAUUUUCGCCUCAACACUCAGGGCUCUAACUUCAGCGAUGCUUCCGGGAUACUUGAGGAAGGAUUCUCGAGGUUGAUUGAUUUGGUUCGUGUUGCCAAUGGUGUUGAUGCUAAUCUCUCUCGGUUAGGUUCCUCUGCUCUGCUUCUUGGAAUCCACAUUGUUGUUUCUUCGCCUUCCGAUGAGUUACAAUAUGGUGUAGACGAAUCGUACAGAUUAUCAAUACCUGCACCUGCACCUGGAAAACCUACCUAUGCAUAUCUCCAGGCUCGUACAGUUUAUGGGGCUUUGCAUGGUCUUCAGACCUUCAGUCAACUAUGCUCUUUCAAUUUUGAAUCAAGGGUAAUUGAAGUUCGCAUGGUACCAUGGAAUAUUAUUGAUCAGCCAAGGUUCUCCUAUCGGGGGCUCUUAAUUGAUACUUCUCGGCAUUAUCAGCCAUUGCCAGUUAUAAAGAAAGUGAUUGACUCUAUGGCAUAUGCAAAGCUGAAUGUGUUGCACUGGCACAUUGUCGAUACACAAUCUUUCCCGAUGGAGAUACCUUCAUUCCCGAACCUUUGGUUUGGUGCUUAUUCUAAACAAGAACGGUAUACAAUUGCGGAUGCUUCAGAAAUUGUGAGAUAUGCGCAACGGCGUGGAGUCAGUGUAUUAGCUGAAGUUGAUGUUCCUGGACAUGCUUUAUCAUGGGGAGUUGGCUAUCCUGCUCUGUGGCCGUCGAAGGACUGUCAGCAGCCACUUGAUGUCAGUAAUGAGUUUACCUUUAAAGUAAUAGAUGGAAUACUAUCGGAUUUCAGCAAGAUCUUCAAGUAUAGAUUUGUUCACUUGGGAGGCGAUGAAGUCAAUACAACUUGCUGGACAGUGACUCCUCAUAUAAGAAAGUGGUUAAGAAAAAAGGGUAUGAAAGAAUCCGAUGCUUACAAGUACUUUGUCCUGCGAGCUCAAAAAAUAGCUUUGUCACAUGGAUAUGAACUUGUAAAUUGGGAAGAGACUUUUAAUGAUUUUGGCAGCGAAUUGAGCCGAAAGACUGUUGUGCAUAAUUGGCUAGGAGCUGGUGUUGCUCAAAAGGUUGUUGCAGCUGGGUUAAGAUGCAUUGUUAGCAACCAAGAUAGUUGGUACUUGGACCACAUAGACACAAGUUGGGAGCAGUUCUAUAUAAAUGAGCCGCUUAAAAAUAUCACAGAUCCUCACCAACAAAAAUUAGUCAUUGGUGGAGAGGUAUGCAUGUGGGGUGAAAAUGUCGAUGCGUCAAAUAUUGAGCAAACUAUUUGGCCUCGUGCUGCAGCCGCUGCCGAGCGCCUUUGGACUCCAUAUGACAAUCUGGCUAAAGACCCCGAUCAAGUUUUUGCAAGGUUGGCACAUUUCAGGUGUUUGCUAAAUCAGAGAGGGAUCGAUGCCGCUCCAGUAUCUGGACUCGGCAGAUCAGCUCCUUGGGGUCCGGGCUCUUGCUUUGUGCAAUGAUAAUCCAGGUUAAUGUCUCUUUCAUACUCUACUUUUCCUCUUAAAUUUGAACAGUUUGCAAGAAUAUUGUAUUUAUGUCCAUGAUUUGGUAGGACUUCUUGUCCUACUUUAAUGUAUCUUUUUUACAUUGUAAUCUUUCUUGUUUGAAAAAUUCUGACCCACAAAAAAAGAAAACAAAAGCCAAAGGAAGUGAAUGCAUGAUGAAGCCAAAUACUCUUGCGUGUGGUAGUUGAAUAGGGAGAUAAACCCUUUUUUCCCUUCA